AGCCUCACGUACUAAUUUACUUAGAUAUAUGAAUUUAUUAAAGUGGCCACGUAUUCUUUUUGGGUAAGAUGGCUUCUCGUGCUUUGAGUUUACCAACAUCUCAUAUUCCUUGCCAGAGGUUUAUUCAUAAUUCUAAGGUCUUGGUAUGUUUUCCUUCACGUGCUAUUGACGGUUCCGGAAGGAAAUUUUGUUAUUCAAUCCAUUCAAUGGGUUCCUCUGCUUCUUCCCAAUCCCAGCAAGCAGACAACACUUCCUUUGAAUCAGGUGCCGACACUGUUGAUUAUAGGGAUGAAGAGUGGAAGAAGCGCCUAACAAGUGAACAAUUCUACAUUACCCGUCAAAAGGGGACUGAGAGAGCUUUCACUGGGGAGUAUUGGAAUACCAAAACCGAGGGGACUUACCAUUGCAUAUGUUGUGACACCCCUCUAUUUGAAUCAUCUACUAAGUUUAAUAGUGGAACUGGAUGGCCAUCGUAUUACCAGCCAAUUGGGAACAAUGUGAAGUCAAAAUUAGAUUUGUCCAUUAUAUUCAUGCCGCGCCAGGAAGUUCUUUGUGCUGUCUGUGAUGCUCAUCUUGGACAUGUGUUUGAUGAUGGUCCUCCACCCACUGGAAAGCGUUAUUGUAUCAACAGAGAGGGCCACAUUUGUCCAGAGAAGUUAUGUUUGGUGUUAUGUUUCUUUCAGUGCUGCCCUUAGGCUGAAACCAAGGCAGUAGGUGGUGCGUCUAAUCUUAGUCAAAAGCAGAUGGAGAAGGUUUUAAACAUGGCGAUUAGCAUGUGUUGGUAUAGUGGCAAACAGUUAGAUGUGUCAACAGCAGAUGAUGGCUAUGGUGAAAAACCCAAAUUGUCAAAUAAUGGGGUUGAGUAUUUUAUUAAUGUUGGAAGAAUUUUCAUUGUUCCUCAAUACCAAAUACAUUAGUUGUGGUAUAAACAGAGAGAUGAAAAAUUAGUAUAUUGAUGUCACUAGACAAAUUCUUUUGUAAA